ACUGUGGUUGUAAUCCAUUUGGAUCCUUGCCAUCCUCAGUGUGUGAUGCUGUUACUGGACAGUGCCAAUGUCAGAAUCUUGCCACAGGCCAAUACUGUGAUGAGUGCAUUCCUGGUUAUUGGGGGCUUGGGAACAGCCUGUAUCCUUGUUCUGCAUGUAACUGUGAUAUUGGAGGAGCACGCAGUGUUGGAUGUUCUCAGAGUACUGGUCAGUGUGACUGCCUUCCUAAUAUAGUGGGCAUUCAGUGUAACCAGCCAGCAGAUGGAUAUUACUUCAUACGCCUUGACUAUUACAUCUAUGAGGCAGAGAAAGCCCAGGCACUCUCUGGAUCAGCAACCAUAGUUAAUCCAACACCUAUGCCAAAAUGCCAGGAUUAUUUCUUGAAACAAGGAAUAGAUUUUCGAUUUGAGAAUGACAGAAUAAUACUUAAAUCGAUGCCAAAAAGAAGUGUACGAGAACGACGACAGGCACAGGAAAUUGUUCCAUUUGGUACAAAAGGUGUUGUGGAACUCGUAUUAAGGCAGCCAAUACCAGGCAAACCAGUGACUUGGACAGGACCUGGAUUUGCACGUGUUCUACAUGGUGCUGGACUGAGAUUUACUGUCAAUAACAUUCCAUACUCCAUGGAUUUCAUUAUUGCAAUCCGAUAUGAGCCAGAGUCAACAGAGGACUGGACAGCAAGAAUUAUGGUUAACCUCCCUAAUGGUGGAUUAAGUGAACGCUGCAGAAACAACAAACUUCCGCCUGAAGGAUAUACACUUCAACUGAUUGCCACUAACAGGAUUGCACUGCUGAAUACCCCUGUGUGCCUGGACCCAGACAGAGAAUACCUAAUAGAUGUGGAUUUCUCUCAAGUAUCAAAUAUUCCUACAAAUAAGCAAUAUAUUCUUGUUGAUUCGCUUGGACUGAUUCCCCAGAUUUCAUCUCUAAGCAAUCUCUGUACUGAAGAGCAAUUAGAAGAAUAUGAUUAUUAUAACUGCAUUGAAAUUGCUUCUGACAUUGGAACAGAAAUUCUGCCAGAUGUCUGUGAGAAGCUUAUUGUUAGCAUGUCUGCACGUAUACAUAAUGGUGCUGUUAAGUGUUCCUGUAAUUCUGAAGGAUCAUUAAACAAUCGUUGCAGCAAGAUCGGAGGUCAAUGUCAAUGCAAGCUCAAUGUUGUUGGAAGCUGUUGUGAUAGGUGUGCUGUGGGCAGCUAUGCAUUUGGUCCCAACGGCUGUCUAGGUUGUGAUUGUCAUAUCAAUGGUUCAAUGAGCACAUUGUGUGAUCAGGUUACUGGUCAGUGUGCUUGCCGUAAAGACAUCAAGGGUCGUCAUUGUGAUCAUUGCCUUCCUGGAUACUAUGGAUUUCCAAACUGUAGACCUUGCCAGUGUAAUGGAAAUUCAGAGUCAUGUGAUCCAAUAACUGGGGCUUGCAAGACCUGCAAGGGAUUUGCAACUGGUACCAACUGUGAGCGGUGUCUUGAUAAUUACUUUGGGAAUCCACUAAAAGGACAGCCAUGCCGCCCAUGUAUGUGUCCAGGUUCUCCUACAGGCAACCAAUAUUUUGCAGAUUCCUGUGAACAAAACCCUGAUACUCAAGAGGUGACCUGCAACUGUCUAGAAGGUUACACAGGAAAGAACUGUAAUGAGUGUCCUGUUGGUUUUUAUGGAAAUAUAGAAGAAGGAGAAAAAUGUUUACCAUGUCAAUGCAAUAACAAUAUAGAUAUAACAGAUCCUGAAGCAUGUGACAAAAUCACAGGGGAGUGUUUAAAGUGUUUGAGAAACACAUCCGGACCUAACUGCGCAUCCUGUCUACCAGGCUACUUUGGUACUGGACAUCAUCAGAAUUGUACAAGGUGUGUCUGUAACUCCAUGGGAACCAAGGAUGAGAACUGCUCAAUUUAUGAGGAGGUUGGGGAAUGUGUAUGUGACAGAACUACUGGACAGUGCCCUUGUUUGCCCAAUGUAAUUGGAAUUAUGUGUGAUACAUGUGCACCUGGAUACUGGGACUAUUCCGGUGGAAAAGGAUGUCGGCCUUGCAGCUGUUAUCUAAGUAAUUCCUUAGGGAAUCAGUGCAAUCAGUUUACAGGUCAGUGCAUAUGCAAACCAAAAUACAAAGGCAAGAAAUGUGACCAAUGUCAAGAAAAUCACUAUGGGAACCCAAAGGUGCAAUGCAUUCCUUGCAGGUGCAAUUUGGAAGGCAGUCAAAAGCCUAUGUGUGAUAAAGACACUGGUGAAUGCAACUGCAAAGUAGGAGUUACUGGAAGAUACUGUGACCAAUGUGCGCCUAAAUUCAAGCAAGAGUUCCCUGCAUGCCUUCGAUGCCAUAUGUGCUUUGACCAAUAUGAACAUAAUGUAUCCUCCCUGGCUGACUCUGUCCAUGGCUUGGUUAGAUUAGCUGCCAACAUUGGCCCCACCAGGUCGCCAAUGGCCUGUGAUGUUCAGAUAAGCAUCCUUCAGGAUAAACUUUAUGCUAUCAAGAAAAUCUUUAAGAGCCGAAUUCUUUCACCUGACAAGUAUGCAAAAGUCAAGACCUUCUAUGACAAUAUAAGGCAGAAAGUAAAUAAAAUCAAAAUAUUAGAUUUAGGAAAAUUCAGUGAGAUACCAAAGCUGAAUAAAACAAUAUGGGAUAUGGAGAAAGAAAUUGAUGUUUUAUUUAAAGACCUAGACAUAAUAAGAAAAAAGAAGCAGAGAGAAACAAUAGUCAAGGUUAAAGACAUCCAAGCAUCUUUUGACAAGAUCACCAAACACUAUAAAACAUCGUUAUCUGCAGCAGAGAAGGCACGCAAUGCUACCCCUAUCACUCGGACUGCAUCCAAAACUAGAAAAACUAUUCUGACUGCACUUAGCAACUUAGAUAUAAAAGACAAACAUAAUUUAGAAAAGUUAAACAAAAUGAAAUCUCUACAAAUAAGUAAAAUGAAUGAAAUGGUUUGUGGAACCGUUUGGGACUUUCCUUGUGAUAUUUCCCCCUGUGGAGGUGCUCUAUGCAGAGAUAAGUUUGGCAGAAGGAAAUGUGGUGGCACCGAUUGUAGUGGAGCUUUGCCAGUUGCCAGAGAUGGUCUGAAAAAAGCAAAUGAAACAGAUGCAAAGUUAAAGAGUGUUGCAAUUAAUCUCCUUGAAGCGGAGAAACAG